AUGGCGUGGGGCGAGCGGGGCAUUCGACGCCAUGGGCUGGCGCUGGUGGCCGCGUGCGCAGCCGCUUGGUGUGCCGGUCCGACGGGUCCGACGGGUCCGACUGGUCCGACUCCGACGGUCAGCCCUGACCUGUCGCACCUGGAGAGUGUCGAACCACCGGCACCACAGGCACCACAGGCACCACAGGCACCACAGGCACCAACGUCCAAGGCGGUUUACGGAGUUGCUGCUCUCCUGGCUGGAGCAAGCGUGCGACUUUGCCGAGAGCGUCCAGCUGCAUCCGAGACAGCCUUGGUACGACGAGCAGAGGUAAAGAGCGAGGUGAAUUAUUUGGCGUUGCUCACCAAGGGAGAUUUGCCCAAGCGCAUCGCCAUCGUGAUUAUAUUGUUGGCUCUGGCACGAGUUGGUUUCUACAUCCCACUUUAUGGAUUCGACGUAGAUGCCACCGAGGAGUACUUUGGACGACAAGCCAGUCAGGGCGGUUUAGGCUUCGUUGAUCAGCUGUUCGGUGGCGGCCUGGGCCGUGUGAGUCUCUUCGCCCUGGGCAUCGGUCCGUACAUCACCUCCUCCAUCAUUUUUCAGAUCCUCACCACAAUUACACCUUCCCUGAAAGCUCUCGCAGCUGGAGAAGAGGGUGAAGCUGGGCGUGAGAAGUACAAGAAUUACAUCAAGAUCGCCUCCUUUUUCUUCGCCUUGAUCCAAGGCUUUGGUCAAUCGACCGCGUUGUCGCCAUUUGUCUUCGACAACGGGCCAAUCUGGUCGUUGCAGAUCACGUUGCAGUUUGCCAUCGGUUCGAUGAUAACGCUCUUCAUCGCGGAUCAGAUUACUGAACAGAAGUUGGGCAACGGCUCGUCACUGCUUGUCUUCAGUAGCAUUGUGGCCAAUCUCCCACGAACUAUUGGUGCUACAGCAGCCAAGGCCGCUGACAAUGACACCGGCGCAGCUGCAGCAGCACUCUUCGCUGCCACGUUGUUAGUGACUAUCCUUGGCCUUGUGUAUGUCCUGCAAGCAGAGCGUCGUAUACCAAUCCUCUUCGCCAAGCGUUUGCAAGACGAGGCAUCUGGUCAGGGUAGCACAGAUGAUGCGGGACAGAGUUAUUUGCCCAUCAAAUUGAACGCUUCUGGCGUGCUGCCUUUGAUCUUUGUAGGCUCUCUGUUGUCGCUGCCAGCGCUGGCUGCGAACUACACCAAGGCGCCAUGGCUGCAAAGCGUGGCCAAAUCAUUGCUCCCUGGCUCUGAUGCCUACAUUCCAGUGAGCAUGGUGCUGAUUGCAUUGUUUUCCUAUGUCUCCACCUUCCAAGUCUUGGAUCCCAAAGAUAUGGCUCAGAAUCUUCGGAAACAGGCGGCGGCAAUCCCACAGGUGCGUCCUGGACGUGAGACGGAGGAAUAUCUCAGAGAGGUUUUGUCCCGAACCUCCAUUUUCGGAGCCAUUAUCUUGGCGUUGCUCUUUGUGCUGCCUAAUCUCAUCGAGUUAGUCACGAAAUUGUCUACGCCGAACUCCUUCGGUGGCACUUCCUUGCUGAUCUUGGUUGGCGUGGCAGCGGACACCUGGCGUCAGCUUCAGGCAGAACUGCUGAUGCAACAGUGCACUUGUGAGGUACAUCCUGUGGAGGCGAUCUACUUGGAAGAUUUGGCGCCCAAACUCCACAAAUUGGGAUAUGUGGAGCACUUGGGUCCCGGCUUUGCCGCGGGUGGCUACGGCUAUGGCAGUUGGGACAACAAGGGCAACGAGAAGUCGUUCAAGUAUCAGGUCCUCGUGGGUCAAACCCAUCACCCAGACCACCUUUGCGGCUACGGUGCCAAUGCUUGGGAAUCCUUGGAAGGGCGUCGCAAAGACGAGGGCCUGUUCCUUCACGAUGUGUUGCAACAAACCAAGGGUGUGUUGUAUGACCUUCCAAUCAUCGAAGCACUCCUGGACGUGCUGCAGCAGGAGCCAAAAGAGGUCAACGGCCGCACCAACGGGGGCAUUCUGAUCUUUCUGCCUGGAUGGGAUGAUAUUGACCGAUUGCUUAAACGAUUGACGAAGGUUUUGCCCAGUGGCCAGUUUAGGAUUUUGCCGUUGCAUUCGCAAAUCCGCCUGGAACAGCAGAAAGAGGUGUUCCAAGUGCCUCCACAAGGAGUCAGAAAAAUCGUUUUGAGCACGAACAUUGCAGAGACCGCCAUCACCAUCGAUGACAUUGAUACGGUCAUAGAUUGUGGUCGGGCCAAGGAAACCAGCUAUGAUGCCUUUCUACGUGUGCCCACUUUGAAUACGUCGUGGAUCUCCAAGGCGUCAGCUUCGCAACGUCGUGGCCGUGCCGGGCGCACCAAGUCCUGGCACCCCAGUGUGGCACAGGGUGGCACUUGGGAGGCGGUGCGAGUUUUGGCAGAGGUUGCAGACGCUGCAGAAGCUGCAGAAGAGGUAGCAGACUCCGUCGCAAGCCGCACCGGCGUCUCAGAGAAUGGGCCGGGAGACCUGAAAGCAUUGAUCUCCGCCCUCUUUCUCAACAGCCUCAUCGUCAUAGGUUGUUUGAUUGGCUUCUCUGUACUUCGAAUGAGGUUUCCUAUGAUGUAUUCGCACAAGAUGAAUCAAAGCAAGGAAUCAUUGACAGCGAGCCGCAGUGAAGGUGUGGAUAGCAGCGUGUCCACUUCGUCACAGAAAAGGCAUCGUCUACGCGAACUCAAGACGCGAAUUUGUGAUUGGUUCUCCUUCAGCAUCAAAACAAGCACAGAGGAUGCCGUAGAUCGAGCUGGUCUCGACGCUGCCCUGCUGCGCGAAUUUUGCACGACAGGUGCCUUGAUUCUUGCAACGGUCGGCAUCCCCAUGUGCAUCAUCAUGACGCCCAUCAACUCAACCUUGGGUGAAGCUGCGCGAGGCGACGAUCACUUGAGCACCGCAGAGAUGGCGACCAUUCGGCAGGAUCAUCCUUGGUUGUACUAUGUGCAUGCAGUCGUAGUGUGGCUUGUUUGUCUGGCAGUUCAUUUUCACUUGGACAGGGCACAGGCAACCUUCUUGCAGCUUCGAGUAAAGUGGUUGCAGAACUUGCCAGCACCACGCUCCACGACAGUUUUGGUCGAGAAUAUCCCCAGCAAGUGGAGAUCGGACGAAAAGUUGCGGGAGUUCUUUGGCACGAUUUUCUCUCCAGAAGAUGUGGCGGGAACUCACAUGGUGAAGUUGGAGGAUGAAUUGGCGAAGCUAGUCUUGGAAAGGGAGAACCUAGUGGCUUUGAAACGCAAAGCCGAGUUGACCUUUGAAAAGACUCAGAAAGUGGAAACCUACAGACCAACUUGGUGUGGUCCGAAAGUGGAUGCCUUGGAGUAUUGCGAAGAGAACUUGCGUGGCUUGGACGAUCAGAUCAUUUCUCUUCGAAAAGAGCACGAUGCUGAACGCACUGAGGAUCCCACAGCUCGGACCUCACACUGUGGAUUCGUGACCUUCAAAGGCCGGCGUUUCGCCGAGAUGGCGCAGAGCCUGCAGAUCAGUCCAAACAAGCAGGAAUGGAAGGUCACGGCAGCUCCAGAAGUGAGCGACCUCCGGUGGAACGACUUGCGGAAGCCUCGCACCCUGAAGAUCGGCUCCGAAUUGUUGGGAUACCUUUGUUGCUUCGGGCUCUAUAUUGGUUUCAUGCCCAUCGUGGGUUUUGUUACCAAUCUUGGCAUGGCUGUGAACAUGGGCCCCUUUCAGCCCAUUUGGGAAGGCUUUGCUCCAACUUUAGGUUUGACCAUCUUUUUGUGCUUUCUCCCGACUCUCUUCAUGACUAUCUUUCGCACAUUCUUUGUGCUGAAGUCGGAGUCGUUAGCUCAGCACAAACUUCAAUUUUGGUUCUUUGUCUUUCAGUUGAUCUUUGUGGUCCUGGUCACGACCGUGGGGAAGUCAAUCAUCACACAGUUCCGACACAUCGCCGAAAAUCCCAACGACAUUAUCCAAAUCAUGGCCGAUAGCCUGCCGAAGGCGACGCAUUUCUACAUGACUUACUUGGUGCUUCAGUGGUCGAGGCGCGCUAUGGAGAUGCUGCGGUACAUGCCGCUUUCCAAGUUCCUCGUCUUCCGAGCUAUUUUCUCCCAAGAGGAAGCCAAAGAAAUGGCGGAACCUGAAGACCAGGACAGCUUUGGCUUUGGCGCGCGCAAUGUGAACUUGGCCGUGUCGGUGGUUUUGGGCCUUCUAUUCUGCAGCAUGUCGCCCUUGGUCACAUUGUUUGCCAUGUUCGACCUCCUUUUGGCACGGAUGACUUAUGGCUAUUUGGUGAUCUAUGCAGAGACCAGGAAGCCUGACCUCGGUGGUGUGUUUUGGGUCACACAGAUUCAAUUUGUUCAGCUCGCCAUGGCGCUCUACUGCAUGUUCAUGGUUGGUGUGCUUCGGCAGAAGUCCUCCUCGUGUGCCUGGCUUGUAGCAGUACCAAGUCUGUUGAUUGUCCUGUAUUCCUUUUGGCACAUUCCACGCGCCUAUCAGUGGAACAAGCUGCCCUUCCAGGAGGUGGCCUUCGGCAUCGACAAGUUGGAGCAGAAAGACUGCGACGAUCCGGCUGGUGACUGCUACGUCCAGCCCGAGCUGACUGCUGUGGAUCAGUUGACCGCUUUGGCUGCGUGA